AUGUCAGUCGCAGGGCGGCCCCGCCCAGGCUCAAUUCGCCCACCUCAACAGAAAGUAUCCAUCAGUUUCACUGAGGACGACUAUGGUGCAGACACCGGCGAAGAAGACGACCUGAUCGUGGUCGAAGCUCUCAUUGCAAACGGUAAGAUCAGAAGAAUCCUCAUCGACACAGGUAGUUCCGCUGACAUUAUGUUUUAUGAUGCUUAUAAGAGCCUGGGCCUGUCUGUGAAGGACCUGGUCCCCUACGACCACGACCUGGUCGGGACAGUGAAGGCCCGCUUCUUGGUGGUGGAAUGCCCAACAGCGUACAACGCCAUCAUCGGUAAACUAAGCCUCAACGUCUACCGAGCCAUCAUUUCCACCCACCACCUCAUGCUGAAGUACCCGUGGGCCGGCAGGGCGGUCUCCGUAUGCGGAAACCUAACCAUUGCCAGGGGAUGUUAUAACUCUAGCUGCAGGAUAGCCAGAGAAGACCGCAAGAGGAAGAAGUCCGGCCUCGGAAAGCGAGUCGAGAACUUCCAUCUCCGAGAAGGAGCCUGCUUGACCAAAAUCGACCCAAGAGUGGACCAGUCUAGAGACGAUCAACGCCUCAGGCCCGACGGAGAGGCCCGAUCCCUCCAGAUCGGCCCCAGACCCAAGCAGGUCACGAAAUUAGCACGAGACCUCCCACAAGACCUGUCCACUCGACUGGAAGGGCUUCUGAAAGGUAAUGGGCGUUUAUUCGCGUUGUCGUCUGCAGAUAUGCCAGGCAUCGACCCAGCGUUCUGCAACCACAAGCAAGCAGUCGACAGGAAGUUCAAACCAGUCACCCAGAAGAAGAGACAGAUGAGCGUGGAGAAGCAAGACGUGAUCAAGGAACAGACUAACGAUCUACUUCAGGCCAGGAUCAUCCGCGAAGUCAAGUACACUACUUGGCUAUCGAACGUGGUCAUGGUGAAGAAAUCUAAUGGGAAGUGGAGGAUGUGCGUCGACUACACCAACCUGAACAAAGCAUGCCCGAAGGACCCUUUUCCCCUUCCCAGCAUCGAUACCUUGGUAGACAACUCCUCGGGAUACGAGUACCUAUUCCUCAUGGACGCGUACUCCGGGUACAAACAGAUCCCUAUGUACCGAGAAGACAGCUUUUAUAACUGA